UAGUACUUUGGCCAAUGCCCAGUGCUUCCUUCCUUUGGCUUCCUGCUGCUCAGAACCCUGGCCCCCGGCCACCCAGACCACCUCCUGCCCAUGCAGAUCUUGCGCUGGCCACUGCCAGGCAGAUGGGGCAGUGGGCAGGGGCCCUAGGGGCCAUUUCCCAGGUGACCCAGCCUUCCUGGCUGUCUCCUACAAGCCACCAGGGUAAAGAUGGGGCACUCACCAGAUGCCCAUAGAACCCCAGACCCAGCUGGUACCAUGGCUGUGCCUGGAUUCACUCCAGACCUCACUGCCCGGACCCCCUGGCCCCGCUGGGCACUCGUCCUUGUUGCUCUUGUCACCGUUCUUGGUGUCUCCUGCCUGCUCUGUGCCAUCUGCUGCUGUUGCCGCCACCGCCGCCACAGGAAGAAGCCCAGGAACAGGGAAGCCGUGGGCCUGGGCAGCACCCAGAGCAGCACCUCCGCCCACCUGGUGCAGCUGGAUGUGGGUGACCUGGAGUCCAGUCCUGGGGGACCUCUGCAAUGGGGGCGCCUGCAGCUCUCCCUGGAGUAUGACUUUGGGAGCCAGGAGAUGAAGGGCUCCGCUAUCAGGGUGGGCCUGAAACAGGCAGCUGACCUGAAGGCGGCAGGCAUGGCAGAUCCCUACGUCCUUGUCAGCAUGUCCACCCAGGCUUGGCACAGGCACAAGACGAGGGUGUACCGUGGCAUCUGCCCAGUGUUUGACGAAGCCUGCAGCUUCCAUGUCCCACAGGCAGAGCUGCCUGGGACCACCCUGCAGGUGUAGCUGCUGGACUUCAGGCGUUUCUCCCAGCACGAGCCCCUGGGCUCGCUCAGCCUGCUGCUGGGCACGGCGGAUCUGCAGCACGUCCUGGAGUGCUGGUACCAGCUGGGCCCAUCUGGCGCCACCCAGCCUGAUGAGGCUGGUGAGCUGUGUGUCUCACUCCAGUAUGUGCCUGGCUCAGGCCGGCUGUCCAUGGUGGUGCUGGAGGUGGGCCUGCAUCCAGGGCUGGCAGAGCCCUACGUGAAGGUCCAGCUCAUGCUGAACCAGUGGAAGUGGAAGAAGAGAAAGACGUCUGCCAGGAAGGGCUCUGCCGCUCCCUACUUCAACCAGGCCUUCACCUUCCUCGUGCCCUUCAGCCAGGUCCAGAAUGUGGACCUGAUGCUGGCUGUCUGGGCCCGUGGCCCGCAGCUCUGGGCUGAGCCCAUGGGCAAGGAGCUUCUUGGUGCCCGGGCCUCUGGCCAGCCCCUGUAGCACUGGGCAGACAUGCUGGCCCAUGCCUGGCGGCCCAUUGCCCAGUGGCACUGCCUGCAGCCUGCCAGGGAGGUGGACCGCAUGCUGGCCAUGCAGCCACGCGUGCACUUGCCCUCUCUUCACUCCUGAAGGCCCUUGUGCCUCAGUCCCCUGGA